AUGAAUAUGAUCUCAUCGAUAAUGAGUGUUUGCGUUGAAAAUAAAAGUGAUCGUGCUGCACAUGCCGGAAUAUACAAUCGUGAUGGGCGUGGUGGCAUAUUUGGGAAUCCUGGUUUUGGUAAACGCAUCGCUACAUGUGGUAAAGAAUGCUGCGAUGCAGGAAAUAAAGAUUGUUAUGAAGGAUCAUUGGAGACUUCGUUUUUUUGGGUUGAUUGCGAUACAGACAACAGACCAACGAAAGGUUAUGGUCAACUGAUUGUUUGUUGUUCAAAUUGUUUGAUUACAUUCUGUGGGCGUGAUACUAUAACUUGUACAACAGAAGCCAAACCUGAUGUUCUUAUUGCUACUUAUGCAUGUAGACUGUAA